AUGAGCAAUGACGGCGGCUCGGGAGUGAGGUCCGUGCACUCGCCGCAUCUCCAAGUCGAUCAUGCUGAUGAAGCAGCGGCGAACGAGAAAGAGAGAAAUUACGAUUUGGACACUUUUCUCAACACAACAACCACAAUGGCGACAACAUCACUACCGCGAACCGCUCUACAGCGCUCCCUCUUCUCUGCGCAUUCCUCGCCGCAAUGCCUGUCGCAGCGCAUGUCCUCCCGCCUCGGCCAAACCACCACCCGCACAUUCUCCAAGAGCUCGACAAUGCGCUAUAAGACUGUAGAGGAAGCAAAGUCACGUUACCGAUUCGGUCCCUUCAGCUGGCAAGCUGGUCUUCUCUUCCUGGGCGCUGGUGUCGGAAUGGCCUUCUACUUCAGCUACGAGAAAGAGCGCAUGGCUCGCAAGCGCAUCGCCGAACACAGCAAAGGUGUCGGUCGUCCCCUUGUCGGUGGCCCCUUCAAGUUGAUCGAUCAGGACCGCAAGCCCUUUACCGAGCAAAACUUGAAAGGGAAAUACUCGCUCGUCUACUUUGGCUUCACACACUGCCCGGACAUUUGCCCUGAAGAGUUGGACAAGAUGGCUGGCAUGAUUGACAAUGUCAAGGCAAAGCACGGUGAUGUUAUGAGACCCGUCUUCAUCACUUGCGACCCUGCGAGAGACACACCUGAGGUCACAAAGGAAUAUUUGAAGGAGUUCCACGAGGAUAUGAUCGGUUUGACCGGAGACUAUGAGGCUGUCAAGGCUACCUGCAAGGCUUUCCGUGUCUACUUCUCAACUCCCCAGAACGUCUUGCCUGGUCAGGAUUAUCUUGUCGAUCACAGCAUUUACUUUUACUUGAUGGGAGACUUCGUCGAGGCCAUUGGCAGAAACUUCACCGUCGACCAAGCAUCAAAAGUCAUCAACGACCACGUCGCCGACUGGAGAGGCAAGAUUGAC